CGCUAUGAGUUGAUCCAAGAUGGCGAAAACACUGCGAAAAACAUAAUAAAAUCGCCCUUUUCCAUGAUUACUGUAUAGACAGCGAAAUAUCGACAGUGUCUUUUAAUUCAGGACAGCUUGCACAAAGCGUUUCAGCCAAAAUGGAGGACGAAGAGACCGCGUUGGCUUUGAUUAAGUACUAUUGCUAUGAAAAGUACUUCAGUCACGCUGUGACCGCCGCAGCCACUGCUCUUAGGAAAUUCAGCAAUGAUCCCAUCUACAGUUUCUUCCACGCAUACGCAACACUUAUGCAAGAUCAAGUCCAAGAAGCCACUGUAGAAUUUGACACACUAAGAGAUAAUCGUGAUUUGUCUCUGUGCACAUUAAUGGCCCUUGUCUAUGCAGAGAAAAAGAAAACAAACCCAGACAGAGAAAUUAUUCAAGAACUUGAUUCAAAGGUCAAGGAGGAUCGUAAAAGUGCACCUCCCAAGAGUCUGUAUCAUGCUGGCACUUUUCUCUGGCUAUUGGGCCGAAAUGAUAAGGCAAGGGAGUACACAGAGAGGAUGAUCAAACUCUCCAAUGGCUCUAGAGAGGGGAUCAUCCUAAAGGCCUGGAUAGAUGUGACAUCGGGCAAAGACGCACACGCCAGGAAGGCUGGAAAAUACUUUGAUGAGGGACUAAAAGAAAGAGCAGAUGUUUUCGCCCUGAUGGGAAAGGCACAAUACUAUGAGUAUCGACAGAACUACUCUGGAGCGUUGGAGAUGGUUAACCAAGUCAUUGUGAGUUUCCCUGGGUUCAUACCGGCCCUUAUCAAGAAAAUGAAACUGUUGCUGACCCUUCAGGACUGGGAGCAAACCAUUGAUGCAGCACACAGGCUUUUACAGAAAGAUAAAAAUAACCUGGAGGCUCUACGGAUGUUAGCGCUACAUUCUUUAUGUAGAGAAGGCGAUGUUACUGAGUCAGUAAAACAGCUGUCGAACCUCACCAGCAGUUUGGAUAUUCUGGAGCCACACAACCCUGAACUUUACUACAGAAUGUCUCUAGCAUUCACUCGGGUUUGUGCACGGAAUGUGAAAGUAAUUGAGCAGACAUUCAGGAUGGUGGAAAGAGCCUUUUCUUUGGCAUCAGGAGACUCAGAUCUAGCCACAGAGUUAGGCUACCAGAUGACGCUUCAGGGCAGAAUCAAAGAAGCUAUGAAGUGGUACAAGACCGCCAUUACCAACAGGGAUCAGACUAGUGUUUCAGCUUUGACUGGUAUAAUCCGAUGUCAGCUCAUAGAGGGACAUCUUGAAGAUGCAGAACAACAGUUGGAGUUUCUGACAGAGAUCCAGCAAUCUAUUGGGAAAUCAGGGGAGCUACUGUUCCUUCGCGCUGUGCUGGGAGCGAAAAAGCACCGGUCCCAAGAAGAAGUGACCAACUUGCUGAACGACGCUGUGGACACACACUUCUCCUCGCUGCAGGGUCUGCCUCUGGGCGUGGAGUACCUAGAGAAGCUGAAUCCUGACUUCCUGUUGGAGAUUGUCAAAGAGUAUCUUGCACUGUGUCCUGCUAAGCCUCCUGCCCAGGGUCAGCCUCCUGCUCCUCAGCUCCAGCACUGCGCCACAUUGUUGGACACUGUGGUCAAGAUUGUGCCAGGUCUCCUUCAAGCUGUCUUCCUGCUGGCCAAAGUCAGAUAUCAGUCCGGUGACAUUGAUGCUGCUCAGAGCAGUUUGAACCACUGCCUGGAACAGUGUCCUUCUCACGCAGACGCACAUCUGCUAAUGGCGCAGAUCCAUCUGUUGCAGGGUAAUGUGACGUUGUGUUCCCAGUCUCUCGAACUCUGCCUCAGCCAUAACUUUGAGAUUCGAGACCAUCCACUGUAUCACCUGAUCAAUGCUCAGGCUAAAAAGAAAACGGGCGAGCUCGUGGAGGCCAUUCAGACUUUGCAGAUGGCCAUGAGUCUUCCAGGUGUCCGCAGAGCUGGAUCGUCAUCCAAGUCUAAGAACAAGAAGAGUGAACUGAGCUCUGCUGACUGUGUCUCUUUGUUCUUGGAAUUAGCUGAGGCCCUGUGGCUCAACGGAGAGCAGCACGAGGCAGCAAAGGUGAUGCAGGAUGCCAUCAAUGAAUUCUCUGGAACGCCCGAGGAGCUGCGAGUCACUAUUGCUAACGCGGACCUGGCCCUGCUGCGCGGAGAUACCGAGCUGGCACUGAAUAUGCUCAGAAACAUUACUCCAGAGCAGCCCUAUUACAUCCAAGCCAAGGAGAAAAUGGCAGACAUAUAUCUGAACCACAGAAAAGAGAAACGUCUGUACGCAAGCUGUUACAGGGAAAUGGUGGAGAAGCUGCCCAGCACUCACACAUAUCUCUUGCUCGGCGAUGCCUACAUGAACAUUCAAGAACCAGAAAAAGCCAUUGAGGUUUAUGAGCAAGCUCUGAAGAAAAACCCCAAAGAUGGUGCAUUAGCCAGCAAGAUUGGGAAAGCUCUGGUCAAGACUCAUAAUUACGUCAAGGCAAUAAAUUACUAUGAAGCAGCCCUGAAGACAGAGCAGCAGGGCUUCCUGCGCUAUGACCUGGCCGAGCUCCUGAUGAAGAUGAAGCAAUAUGAGCGCUGUGAGAGAGUCCUUCAUGAAGCGCUGGCUCAUGAGUCAGUGAAUGAACUGCCAGCGCUCUCAGAUGAUUGCCGUUAUCUUGUGCUGUUGGCAAAGAUCCAAAAUAAAGUUGACAAAAAUGAGGAAGCUUUGCUUUCCCUACAGAGAGCGCGAGAUGUACAGGCCAAGGUGCUGAAGCGGGUGCAGUUGGAGCAGCCUGACGCUGUCCCCAUGCAGAGGCAACUUGCCGCUGAGAUCUGCGCUGAGAUAGCCAAACACUACACAAGUCAGAGGGGCUAUGAGAGAGCAGUCAAAUUCUACAAAGAAGCUCUUGUGUAUUGUGAGACAGAUCGCAAGGUGAUGCUGGAGCUGGCACGGUUGUAUCUGACCUUAGACGAGGCCGACGCAUGCCAGGAGCAAUGCAGUGUGAUUUUGAAGAAUGACCAGUUUAAUGAAGACGCAACUCUGAUGAUGGCGGACAUUAUGUUUAGGAAGCACGACUAUAAACAGGCAGUUUUCCAUUUUCAGCAACUCCUGGAGCGCAAGCCAGACAACUACCCAACUCUAUCUCGUCUUAUUGACUUGCUGAGGAGGGCAGGGGAGUUGGAUGAGGUCCCAAAAUUUCUUGACAUGGCAGAAAAAAAUUCUUCUAGAACUAAAUUUGAUCCUGGGUUUAACUACUGCAAAGGGCUUUAUCUUUGGUACACGGGAGAACCUAACGAGGCUCUUCGACACUUUAACAAGGCACGGAAAGACAACGACUGGGGCCAGAACGCAGUGUAUAACAUGAUAGAAAUCUACCUAAACCCAGACAACGACAUAAUAGGAGGAGAAGCGUUUGAGACUUUAGAUGGGGAAAUUGGGAACUCCACAGAGAAGCAGGAGUCAGAGCAGCUUGCUGUGCGAACAGCCGAGAAGCUGCUUAAGGAGUUAAAGCCGCAAACAGCAGGCGGACACAUACAGCUUCGCAUCCUGGAGAACUACUGCUUUCUGGCGACCAAACAGAAGGCCAAUGUAGAGAAAGCCCUCACUGUUUUCACAGAGAUUGCAAACAAUGAGAAAGACCACGUGCCAGCACUUUUGGCCAUGGCAACAGCUUACAUGAUGCUAAAGCAAACUCCUCGAGCCCGGAACCAGCUCAAGCGCAUAGCUAAGAUGAACUGGAGCAUCAUUGACGCCGAUGAGUUUGAGAAGAGCUGGCUGCUACUGGCAGACAUCUACAUCCACUCGGGGAAGUACGACAUGGCCGUUGAGCUGUUGGAGAGAUGCCUCAAUCACAAUAAGUCAUGCUGUAAAGCUUACGAAUAUCGGGGCUACAUAAUGGAAAAGGAGCAGUCAUUCCGUGAUGCAGCACUCCACUAUGAAAUGGCUUGGAAAUAUGGAAAUCGGACUAACCCGACCAUCGGAUACAAGCUUGCUUUCAACUACUUAAAAGCGAAGAGGCAUGUUGACGCCAUAGAUGUGUGUCAUAAGGUUCUGGCUGCUCAUCCAAAUUAUCCAAGAAUAAGGAAGGACAUCUUGGACAAAGCUCGUGCUGCUCUGAGGUCUUAGUUUUGGAACUGGGUUUUUGCCAAAGACAGACAUACGAAUUCUUCCGAAAUGAAAUGGGUUAUUGUUGGGAUUCUUCUGACAAGUUAAAAAUGUGCAGUCAUUUCUCUGAUUUCUGGGGGAAUCCCCUCAAACACAUGGCUAUGUACAUUUUUUUUGAGCAUAUGAAUAGUGGUUUCUGGCAAUCCGCAGAGAAAACAUUGAGGCACCUGCAUAAUUUUAAGUUUUUUUUUUUCUUUCCUCACAAAGCCAGACGCUACUAAACGCCUGUGAAGUUUCCUGCGAACGAAAAGGAGCUCUUGCAGAAGAAUAUUCAACAUUUAUGUAUUACAAAGUGGAAAUAUCUUUCUUUUUCUUUUUUUUUUUUGUCUGGUUAAGUUUUCCUAUUGUUAAUUUAAGGUUAAAGCGUUGUUUUUGAUGACUAUUAUAAAUGUAGAUACUCUCUUGAAAAAUAAAGAUAUUUAGAUACUA